AUGUCUCUCAUUCGUAACGCCGUCAUUGCCUUGGGCUCGCUCUCUUCUUUGGUUUCUGCCGUACCGGCCAACGGAAUUCUGGAUGCACGGAACGUCACCAACUCCAACUCUUCCUCUACGGCAUGCGGUCUCGUGAACCCAGUGGUCACGUCCCUGGGGUCCCCGGCGUCGGCGACUGCCUUCUGCUCUUCGUUCUUUAGCAUUUCUACCCAGACUUUCACUGAGACCAGCACGGUCACCAAGAUCUCGAACGCCACUACCACUCUCGCGACUGGCACAGAUGUCAUCACUGACCCUACCGCCACUUCCACUGUCGUAUCGAUCGUGACGACCACCUCUGUGGUCUACACCACGUCUGAUGACAGCUUCACGCCCACUGUCCGUAGGCGUGACGCUAAGCCGACCAAGAAGAGCUGCGGGAAAGUUACCAUCCCAACGCCGCUGACCAUGUUGAUGCCGGCAGAGGUGUCCUCGGCAUGCUCUUGUUUGUCUAUUCCCACGCCUUCUGUGACUACUACCGAGAUCGAGACCACCACGCUCUCUCUGACAUCGACCGCUUCUACUUAUGCCAACACCACGACAUUCACUCCCUACGCUUACACCACGACCACCGCCACUGAAACCGCCACGAGCACCUCGACCAUCUUGAAGAGCGAUGUCCUUUCGACUGCUGUUGCCAUCAUCAACCAGGACAACGAGCAGCCCUUCUGUUCUAGCAUCCUUGGCUACACCACCCCGGUUACAACGGCUUACGAAACUGCCACGGCCACCACUGUGCUCACGGAGAGCUCCACCGUCACCAUCACAAACUACGCCACCAUCACCACCACGGCCGUCAUAAUCAACAACAAGAAGCGGGCGCCUACCCCCAUCACCACCGUCGACUCUGGCGCUGCAGCAUCCAUCGAAACCCCGACGGCACUCGCCAGCUACCCGGCCGAGUUCGUGACGUCAGCCUGCAGCAUGGCCGUGACAUCUCCGGCUGCCUCGACUGUCUCCAGCACCGUGACGGUCACGGAGACGCAGACGAGCGUGACCGUGGCAACGGAGACGGCGCAGGCAACGACUGUGGUGACCAAGGCGUGCGCCAAGUACCCCCUCGCCAACGGCGGUUUUGAGCAGGGUUCGUUUUCCAGCUGGUCGCCAUACAACCCGAUCGGCGGAGCCGGUGGCGCGUGGUCCAUCGUGUCCGGCGGCGACGCCGGCAAUUACGCCGCACAGGUUACCAUGAAGAACCCGGACACGUCCAAGUACGGCGGCUUCGCUGGCUUCAUUUCGCAGACCUUCGACACCUGCGUCGGCUUCUCGUACACGGUGCAAUACCGCUACGACUGCACGACCGUCAACAAUGGCCUCGCCAUCUACUCCUGGGCCGGCAACGGCAACUCAGGCCAGUUCGUCUGCCCCUCCCAGGGCGCCUGGUACUCGGCGUCCUUCACCUUUACCGCCACCAGUGCCUCGACCACGCUCUACAUCGAGGGUGUGCAGAAUGGCGUGACGCAGGGUGUCAUCAAGUUCGACAGUGUCGCCGUUACCCUGAACCAGUAG